AGCCCCAUUUGAUGUGAGGUUCCAGAACCCCCUGUGCUCUUCAGUGCCCACUCUGGGCAGCAUUGCAGCAGCAGCAGCAGCAGCAUUGCAGCAGCAGCAGCAGCAGCAGUGGUGGAAGUGGAGGCCGCAGAAUGUUGCGAGCAGGGUGGGUCAUGGUCCUGACCCACUACCUCCUGCUCCUCUUUCUUCUGGCCCUGCAAGCCCAGAAUGUCCAGAGUGCUCCAGUACCUGGGCAGAGAGCAGCUGAGGCCAGAGAGAGUGUUCUUUCAGCCCCUGAACGAGAGCCAGAUUCCACGCUGAUUCCCAGCUGGUAUUUGAAGCGGAAGGCUUCUGACAAGUUCUCUGAAGAAUUUCCUGGAAGAUUCCCUGAAGGAUUCCCUGAAGCAUUCCUUGAAGGAAUCCCUGAAGUUCCAGAUGAGCUCCUGCCAGCCGUAGAUGAAGCCCCAUCUGAAGAGACAGAUUCUGAGACUGUGUCGGGUACAUUUCCUAUGGAAGAACCAAUCAGCCUACCAGUCUAUGAUGAAGAAACAGAACAAAUACAGGACACCAAUACACUUGCUGAACCUGAGCAAUAUUCAGGGUCAGCUCCUGGGCAAAAAGGCAAGACUGAUGGACGCGGUGAUCCGAGCAAGUACUACAUCCUAGGGAUCAUAACAGCCGCAGCUUUGCUUCUGCUUGGGGCACUGGCUGGCUGUCUAGUCGUGUACGUGCUGCUGAAGAGACGCAUGAGGACCCAGGAAGACAAAGAAGCACCAAGACAAGUUUCCACUGACUCUUCCUGGCCAUGCCAUGAUCAGUCUAGAGACACAGGUGAAACUGAGUCAGAAGAAGGACCAGGAACGGGCAAGAGAGCCCAAGCCAACAGUUUCGGUGACAGCUGCCAUUUGUUUCCUGAAGUCUUUGCGGCAGAGCUUGCCCAGCUGUACAAGAACAUGGCUGCAGACCCUUCACCUCUGCCCACGUGUCCCUCCUGUGCUCUGGCUGAUGGUACCUCUUCACGGGACCACUGGAUUUCCCUGGACUCACCUCAGCCCACACCCUCCUUUUGCUUUUGCUACCAGUACCAGCAGAAACACUUUAUAUUAGAGGACAAUGAUUGUUUUAGUGCUAGCAUGUAAAUAAAUAUAUUUCUAAAUGC